CCUGCGGGCGCCGGCGGGGCGGCGCAGCCCCCAUGGAGCGGGUGAGCGAGGCCGCCGCCUGCGGCCCCUCGUCGGGCUGCUACACCUACCAGGUGAGCCGGCACAGCGCCGACGUGCUGCACAGCCUCAACCAGCAGCGCAAGAACGGCGGCCGCUUCUGCGACGUGCUCCUCCGCGUGGGCGACGAGAGCUUCCCGGCGCACCGCGCCGUGCUGGCCGCUUGCAGCGAGUACUUCGAGUCGGUGUUCAGCGCCCAGCUGGGCGACGGGGCAGGUGGCGGCGGCGGCGGCGCGGACGGGAGCGCGGCGGAGGCGGCGGCGGCCGGCGGGGCUGCGGCGGCGGCCGGCGGCGCCCCCGGGGGCGGGCGGGAGCUGGAGAUGCACACCAUCAGCUCCAAGGUGUUCGGAGACAUCCUGGACUUUGCCUACACGUCGCGCAUCGUGGUGCGGCUGGAGAGCUUCCCGGAGCUCAUGACGGCCGCCAAGUUCCUGCUGAUGCGCUCGGUGAUUGACAUCUGCCAGGAGGUCAUCAAGCAGUCCAACGUGCAGCUCCUCGUGCCCCCCGCGCGCCCUGACAUUAUGCUGUUCCGUCCGGGGGCUGCCGACCUCGGCUUCCCUCUUGACAUGACCAACGGUGCCGCUUUGGCGCCCAAUGGCAACGGCAUCGCCGGCAUGCCCGAAGACGAGGCCACGCGGGCCGCACUCAGCGCCGCUCAGUCCUCCCUGCCCGUGCUGCAGGGCGUGGACCGCCUGCCCAUGGUGGCAGGACCUCUGUCCCCACCGCUGCUGGCCUCGCCCUUCCAGAACGUUGCUGCUAGUGCCCCCACUUUAAGCACCAAGAGGGGCAGAGGGCGUCCCCGCAAAGCCAACCUCUUGGACUCCAUGAUGUUUGGUACCCCGGGGGGCCUGCGAGAGGCCGGUAUCCUGCCUUGUGGCCUCUGUGGAAUGUUUACGGAUGCUAAUCGUCUUCGGCAGCACGAGGCUCAACAUGGGGUGACGAGCUUACAGCUGGGCUACAUAGACAUCCCACCCCCCAGACUGGGUGAAAAUGGUGUCCCUGGUCAGGAUGACCCCGAUGCACCCCGGAAAAGAAGCAGGACGAGGAAACAGGUGGCCUGUGAGAUCUGUGGCAAGAUUUUUCGGGACGUGUACCACCUGAAUCGGCACAAGCUGUCGCACUCUGGCGAGAAGCCGUACUCUUGUCCGGUGUGUGGCUUGCGGUUCAAGCGGAAAGACAGGAUGUCCUAUCACGUUCGAUCUCACGAUGGCUCUGUGGGAAAGCCCUACAUCUGCCAGAGCUGUGGAAAAGGCUUUUCCAGGCCAGACCACUUGAAUGGACACAUCAAACAGGUGCAUACCUCAGAGAGACCUCACAAGUGUCAGCAGGAAAAUGGCAGCCACCAUGGAAUAAGCUCAGAGACAUCCACAUCCAUAGAAAAGUUGAAACUUCAAGAGACUUGUAAUGCUUCCUUUGCCACUCGUGACCGGCUGCGCUCACACCUGGCCUGUCAUGAAGACAAAGUCCCAUGCCAGGUGUGUGGGAAGUACUUGAGAGCAGCAUAUAUGGCAGAUCACUUGAAGAAGCAUAGUGAAGGACCAAGCAAUUUCUGCACUAUCUGUAACCGAGGUUUCUCCUCUGCCUCCUACUUAAAGGUCCAUGUUAAAACCCACCACGGUGUUCCCCUUCCCCAGGUCUCCAGGCACCAGGAGUCCAUCCCGAAUGGGGGAGCAGCGUUCCACUGCGUCAGGACCUAUGGCAUCAAAGAAGGCCAGAAAUGUUCCCAUUCGGACCCGAUUGAGAGUUCUGAUUCAUACGGAGACCUCUCUGACACCAGUGACCUCAAGACUCCUGAGAAACAGAGCACCAACGGGUCCUUCUCGUGUGAGCUGGCAGUGAGCAAAAACAAAAUGGAGACGGAAGGGGAGAAGAAAUACCCGUGCCCUGAGUGCGGCAGCUUUUUCAGAUCCAAGUCUUAUCUGAACAAACACAUACAGAAAGUUCACGUCAGGGCCCUGGGUGGCCCCUUGGGGGACCUGGGUCCUGCUCUGGGAUCCCCCUUCUCACCCCAACAGAACAUGUCUCUCCUGGAGUCCUUUGGGUUUCAGAUCGUCCAGUCAGCAUUUGCAUCAUCCCUGGUGGAUCCAGAGGUCGACCAGCAACCGAUGGGGCCAGAGGGGAAAUGAGAUCAGUGUGAUCUUAGCAAAGCAGAGCAGCAGUCUGGCUAUAGUGAUAAGAUGCUGUGAAUGAAAGAGGAAAUAAUGGAAUUGGGUUCUAUAGCUGAGAAUUUUUUAUUCAUUUUAGCUUCCCUCUUUGUCUCAUGCCCUACCCCCACCUUUAAACUUCCACCGGGGAGAGGGAGAAAAUGCUUCUUAGCUGAUAAAUUACAGAAGAUGGUGGCCUUGAAUAGGAGACACGACCCAAAACACUAAAUGGAGCUUUAGAGGCUGCUGCUGGUGUUUCUCCAUGUUCUUCUGGAAUAAUGAGAAGUUGCCAGCACUGGUGUGAGAACGAGACAGUCCUAGUGACCGAGGCACCUGGGGAGCUACAGCUACAGGGAGCUAUGGUUUUGUUCUCUCUCUAUUCCCCACCCUCCCUAAACUACCCCAGAAAAACAGUAAGUUUUAAAAACAGACCCACUAUUGAAUAACAUUAAGUAAAAUGCCCCGUGGUUCCUAGCAGGUUACAAUGCAGUUGUCCUUUUAAAACCAGAAAAAGUUUAAAGGAGGUGAGAGAAUUCGAACCCCUUCUGCCUUUGUGAGGCUGUGAGUGCUGCAGCAGGACUGAACUGCUGAGAAAAAUCACCUUUCAGAACAGGUUGUUUUCAUUACUUUUGACCAUUAAACUUGCUGUCAGGUUUUUAAUUCUUUAUUAUUAUUAUUUUAGGACCUGUUGUAGUGAAUUGCUACUGAAAAGCCAGUCUAAGGCGAUACGCAGAGCACUCGUAAAGCAGCAGUCACAUUAGGGUUAGUAUUAAUUUCUUUUUUUUUUUUUAGAUGUACCAUAAUUAAUAACUUGGCUAGUUGGUUGUUUUAAGUCUAUGAAAGGAAUAGUUUGUAUGAAAAGAAAAAAAAAGAAAAAAAAAAAAAGGAAGGAAAAAUACCAUUGCAGUCUGGUUGACUGGUGCUCAUUUUUCAUGUGGGGACCUAGGGUAUGAACACGAUCAGCUAUCGGGUUGACACUAUGUACCACUGACUUGUUUAGUGUGAAUAAACCCAGGGGUUCCCAGAGUGAUUUUGGUUUAAUUGGAUUGGACUCUAUUAAAGAAGUUAGUAUGUUACUUUGCAUCCCCUCGUUUUGUCUGGUUUUUGAGCAAUUCAGCCACCUGUCCAAAAGGUGUGCAAGUGAGAGCCAGUAAGAUGUUAAUCCCACUCUACACUGUGCUGUAUUCUGAGCUGGGCUUUUUGGCCACAGUCGUGCUCUCCUGAUCCUCUAGUCAGGUUUGCAAAAGCCAGUCUUACUCCUUUCUUUUCCAAAGAAGAAAGGUUUCUAGUAUAAGAGGUGGGAAUUGCAAACAGCAUAUCUCUGAAAAAGAAAUGAUUACAAAAUGCAAAGAAGCUGGGCUUUAGGCUGUUACAGGUUCCAUUUAAUCUGAAAAUACCACUUGUGCAGAAAUAAUGUCCUUUCUUGACCCUCCCUUUCCUCCCAUGUUACUUGUCAAGGUUUUAUGUACCAAACCCAGGUAUAAAUGUUGUUUAACACAGGGUUAGGAGUUAGGAAUACUCUGAGUUUUAAUUAUGGUUCUGCUGUUGAUGCUCAAGGUUACAUAGAAGAGUUCCCUGAAUUUAUUCCUAAAUUUCCUAUCUGUGAAGAGUUUUCUCUACAUCACAGAUGUAGAGAGGGUUAAUGAGUGAAGGUUUAAGCAGUGCUUUGGUAAACUGCUUUGUGUUCUGAAUGUCUCUAGAAAGGCCAUUCUGAAGAGCCCAAGCCCCACACCAAACUUGCCUCCCAUGAAACAGUGCCUGUCUCCAUCAUUAAUACAGUGCUGGAGCAGGGCAGAUCCCUCAGAGCAGGAUCCACAUCUGCUGCAGGAGAUGUGCCUGUGUUGAAUGGGAUGGAGCCACAAACUGCUAUUGCACCACAGCUUGCCUUGCCCAGGAGCUCCUGAUCCAAACCCUGCAGCUAAUGCAGAACUGAAAUCAGACACAUUCCCAUUUUGGUUUUAUGUUUGGAUUAUAGAGCCUUUUGUAAGUAUAUGGAUUUUGGAAUGACCUUCUAAAUUCUACAGAGUUAGAAGUUCCAGAUUCUCUUGUUAGAAGCUACUUUUUUGUACUUGCUCUCGAGUGUUAUAAACCCAGGAUGAAUAAUCAAUGGCUUUCUCUUUAUAGCACCAGCACUUUCUAAAUUGAGAGCAUGUUGCAGUGGACUUGAUGUUUUGCUAUUAAUCUGUGUUGGGAGACUGAAGGACAUGUUCUUCUCCAGUCAUCUUCUCCCAGAGUCCCUGGAAUAGGUAUGAGUCUCAUGUAAAAGGAAAAAAACAAGCAAGCAAGCAAACAAACCCACCUUCAGACUAAAGCUUCAUGGAAUUGCUGUUGCUGUACUGGUAAGAUUAGCUGAGAGGUAGAAACAGAACAUUUCAGAAAAGUGACAAAACAUUUUAAAAUACCUUACAAAUCUAAACAGUGCUGAGACAACCUUGUAAACUGCCAAGGAAGUCAGGCUGGAGCAGGCUUUCCAGUCAGCAUAACAAUUCAUGGGGAUUAGCAGAUGCAACUGCAGUCACUCUUUCACUGACAGCUCAUAUUUAAGCCACAAAGUGAAGUUUCUGUUGAACUGAGGCUGGGUGCUGAAAGAGAGAAGUUUGUGUCCCUGAUGUUCCCAUGUGCACUUAAAGAGGGUGCACUAGUCAAAAAAUUUAAUUCCAAAAGCCAAAUCCAGAGUAUAGGAUAUUUUCAUCCUACAUUUAGCUCCACUGACUUUAGUGUUAGUAGUGGGUUGAAUUUUGGCCAUGUCUAUCAAUUUAAUUUUGAAUGCUACAGAAUUUGACCUGGUGAACCCAAUGAAAAGCCUUGAACUAAAACUGAAGCCUUCUAAAACACUAACUGUGCAUUCUGCUUGUCAAAGAAAAUGCUUACUAAGGUGUCAUGAAUACAUUGAAUGAAAACUACUUACUUCUCAGUCUAGGGGACAGGGAAACAAUUAGGCAGGAAGUUUACAAUCCUGAAAUGACAGUUCUAGAUCAUCCUGGUGUAAAUGGGAGAGAUUUGUACCAGCGCAAGAGGCUGGUGCAGGCUCAAUGCCAGCAGGAAUUUGGGCAGAUCUUCAGCAGUGGUGUGUUUUCAGUGCUUUUUGCUUCUUUGGGGGCAUACUGUUCCAUUCUGGACAGUAAAGUAAUCUACAAGCAAAUCCUCUCUAUUCUGUACUUUGGGAAAUGUCUGUUUCUCAUAGAACAUGAGAGAGAUCCAAACAGAAAACCCAGCUCACAAGUUCAGAGUUCAGAGGGAAGUACAUUAGAUGCCCUGAGCUGCAGCCUCACUUGUUGCUAUUACAUUUUAUUUUUAAUUGGCAUAUCAGUGUAUAGGUGAUAGUUCUGAUUUUGGGCCACCCUCCUUUCCUUGUCAUCCCCUUUGGUGGGACUGCAAUCCAGUGUUUGAGUCGGUGCAUGUUUCUGCCAAGAAGGAAACUUCAGUUCAUACAAAUUUGGAUCAUCAGAGUCUUUGUAUUAUAGGAGUCCCAUAACCUUUCAUCUGAGGCUCAGAGUCUUGUGUAUUAGGUAUGAUGAAAACAUCUUCAGUCAUUCAUCAUCUAAACAUUAAAGACAGAUAAGAAAGGAAUAGAUGCUUAUAGGUGAGUGAGUGAAAGAAAGAUGAAGGACUAAAAACCACUUGCAUGCUUAAGUGUUGUGUUAAAUGUAGGGCUGCAGAUUUAUCAGGCUUCUUUUGCUGCCUGAUUUGAUCUUUAUGUAUGUUAAUCCACAACAAAUGCAAGAUAAAGCAAUUUAAUAGGAAUUUGUUCCACACUAAAUUAAAUGAGGUGACAUGACCUUGCAUUUGUCAUGUCUUAAAUGUGUGCAAACAGACUCACUGGUGGGGCUCACCUGGUGCAUGGUAGUGUGGUGCAUGUGAGCUCUCAAUCCUGAGGGAUUUUUGUGGGGAAUUGAUAGCAGAACCAGAAAUUGAACACAGAUUUUUCCUUCUCUCAAUCCAGUGCCUUAUAGUAGGGCAAAGUAUUAUAUGUUGGGGGGAUGAUUUGUUUGUUUUUUAAAGCCAAGAUGGUGUGGAGUUGGUCUUCCUACCAAUCUUUUGAAUAAUUGUAAAUGCCCAGUCACAAUUUUAGACCUGUUUGAGUGCCAGUGACUUAGGGAAUAUUUGUUAUUUCCCAUGUAUUCCCUGAAAUUAUUGUUCCUCCCUCAACUGCUGUCAGCAGUAAGGAAUGACUUGAAUAGAAGAGCUGUGUAACUGAAUGUCUAUCUAACUCAACUAAUUGAAUUGCUAGUAUGAAAGCUAACCUAGAUUUUGUAGGCUCUGUUGUAACUUUAGUGUCUUGUUUUUUCACUAAAUCUUUGUUCCUAGAAAUCAGUAUCUGAACUUAUGUCUUGAGUCGGGAGUGGGGUACCACUUUCAGCUUUAAUUUUUUUUAAGGUGCUUGCUUGAGGAAGUAGAUGCCAAAGUAAACUUCAAAGGAACUCCAGACUUCAGUGUUGGAAGAAUGAACAGAGAGCAAGAGCUCUCUUUGGGUUUCAUGAGAGAUAAAUGGACAAAGUAAAAAACAGCCACCAAAAUUCUAAGUCAUGAAACAGGACAGAAAACAAGAAAAGGCUUUUCUUUACCACCCACAAAAACAAUCAGAUAUUUUCAAUUGUUCAGCAUGGCAGAAACUCUGAGAGCAAGUGCCAAACAAUCCCAUGGAAUGUGCUGGCUUUUUCAGCAUUAUCAUACCUUAACAGCAUUAUCAAUAUCCAAAUGUAAAUCAAGCCAGCUUUGUACUGUUCACCUUUUGCCUGGGCACAAUACCUGAGGUUUAAUGAACAGAACAUAAGCUCACAGUGAAUCUCUGAGCUUAUGCUCUCAGUUCCACUCUGAGAGACAAAACAAAUGAGCAAAGAGGGAAAAAAAAACAAUAGGAAAACUUAAAACAGAUUCUGGAAGAUUCCAGUGUCUCCUGAGAGAGUCACGGUUCUUUAUCCUGAACAUCCUUUUCAAAACAAGAUCCUUCAGCUGUUGUGAGUGAGCCUUUGGGAACAGAUUUGGCUUCCAGCCCAGUGUGCUGCAGCUCCCUGUCCCUGUGGAAGGUGUGUGUUUGGAGCACUGGGCCUGGACCCGGAGGGAGGGAGGCAGGCACGGAGCAGGGAUGCUCCCGGGAUGAGCCACAGGUACUGCCACAGUCAGCAGCACCACACUGGAAUGGUGUCCUCCUGCCUGCUCCCCUGACACCCUCACCCUCCUCACAUCCCUUGCCACUGUGGUACCUACCCAGAUGUGCCCAGCUCUGCAAAUAACUGUGAGCUCUAAAACAAACCAGGGAACUAUUUGGCUAAAAAGAAAAAAAAAACCAACCACUUAAAAAUAGUGAUGUGACAUAACUGCAGAGUGAUGCAGAGCAGGAGCAGGAGCCCUGGCUGUGAGGGGUUGUGGUGAUGGCUGGAAUGGUUUUGGAAUGUUGGUGGAAAACCACAGUUGUGAGCUCUGUGUAGUGGGCAGUGACUGCCUGUUUGUAAAGAAUUAACACCCUGUGUCAUCUCCAGCCUCUUCCUGUGUUUGGUUCCUGUCUGUAAAAUGAGAUGAUGAUAACCCUGGGGUAAGGACGUGCCAGGAUUUGAUUGACAUGCCAAAUUGUGCUGCACAGUCGUGCUGCUGAACUCUGCUACAGAUGUUUGGCCUCACUGACUUCAGGUGUAAUGCAAAGUUAAACAAACAUCUGGCUACAUUUUCCCUGAAAGGUGAGAUAUUUAAAUUCAUUUAAAGGCUGCCUGGCACUAUUGAUCUGCUCUCAGGGUUAAUGUGAAUGAAGCUUUUCCUGGUACUACAAUUUUGGAGACCUGGAGGUGCUCUGAGCUGAGAUGUGCUGAAGGAAGGAGGUAACUGGUACCUUCACUGAUGUUCCAGUGACCCCCUCCCACCUCCUGGUUUCCGUGUGGAACCUACAGCCACUGGCAGCCAGAAUUGCUCUUGAGCAUCCUGCAGUCACACAGUGACCUUGGGUAAGUGACUUUACAAUAAAUCAGUCUCAUGCUUGCUAACAGCUUUUUGGCUGCUGCCUCCACAAACUGGUGCCUUCUCCAGGCAAUUUUUCCAUGCCCUCUGCAAAGCUGUCAGCCUGACUGCUGGCUCUGGGGGAAUCAACCAAGCCUUGCUCUUGGGCUCACAGUUGCUCUUCGGUACUGUUGUAAUCUGAAAGUUUGCUGCAAUUAGUGCAAAUACCAGAGGGAGAAAAUAAAAGGCUGUUCUCAGAUGUCCUGUAGAGUGAACAACUGAAACAUGAGUGUGGGAUGAGCCAGGAAAACUGGCAUUUUUCCCUGGCUGCACGCCAUAUGGAAGAGACAGUGCCUUGGAAGGGAAGGAGCAGAAAAGUUUGCCAUUGGCUCUGAUGAAUCCCAAUCCUGCUUCUACUGAAGUUGUUGGGAAUCCUCCCAUUGUCUUCAGUGUGAGCAAGAAAGGAUCUUAGGUGAGGAUGGAUGACUCUUUCCCUACUUGAAUGAAGUCUCUUGCCUAUUUAUGGGCCUGCUUCUAUUGAAACCGAGCCUGUUUUAGCCUUUUUGGGUUCUUAGGGACCUGUUUGUAUAAAGCAACUUACCUACCUAUCUUUUUUUUUUCUAUUGUGUGUAUUUUUUGUAUGUUCUGUUGGAAGGUGAAGCCUCUGUAGAAGGGGAUACAAAACCUGAUUUUUAAAUAGUAAUAAACCAAAAGAGAAUUAAA